AUUUGCAAAAACAAUAUAUUUCAGGAUAUCCUUACAUACAUAGUGAAGAAUCAAACCAAAAUUGAUGGAACGAAAAUAUGUGCACUGAUAUUACAGAGCAUUGGUUGUGAGAAAGGUAACAAUUACGAAUGGGAAAUUGAAAUUCCACCAGGAAAUACAGUCAAAAAACCCAAGCCUGACGGAAAAACAAAGUUCAACAUCCUUCAUCUUACCGAUUUACAUUACGAUCCUUUGUAUACAGAAAAUAAAACAAAAGAUUGUGGGGAACCUUUGUGCUGUCAAAACGAUCAAAAAAAAGCUAAUAAUGCAAGUGAUGCUUGUGGUUAUUGGUCUUCUCCAGAGAACGCUGAUGUGCCUUUGCACACGAUUGAAGCAAUGCUUAACCAAACACAGUCUCACGAAUUUGAGUACGUCUAUUUCACUGGCGAUAUGGUGAGCCAUCGAGUCUGGGAUACAAGUGUAGAGAGCAAUAAGAAAAUAAUCACUGAAAUAUUAGACCAGUUUGUUAAAUAUUACAAGAAACCGGUGUAUCCAGUCCUGGGAAAUCAUGAAGCACAUCCAGUAAACGUAUUCUCUCCAGACGAAAUCAAUGGAUCAUUAUCCACCCAAUGGCUAUAUGACAUGAUUUUGGAAAAGUGGUCAUGGCUGCCGAAAGAUGAAGUGAAAGAUACCAUUCUCAAAGGAGGAUACUAUACCGUCCUAGCACAAAAAGGUUUACGAAUUGUGGUUCUGAAUAACAAUGUCUGCUCUACAGAAAACUGGUGGUUGAUCUAUGAUGACCGUGAUCCCUACGGACAGUUGAAAUGGCUGGCCGAAGUUCUCCACAAAGCUGAAAAUAAUGAAGAAAUUGUACACAUCUUAGCUCACAUCCCAACAAAAUCUUGCCUGAAGGUUUGGGCUCGUGAAUAUAGAAAAAUUAUCGAGAGAUUUUCGAAUACGGUAGCAGCACAGUUCUAUGGCCACACUCACCGAGAUCAAAUUCACAUUUAUUACAAUAAUAAGUCGGAAGCUAUGAAUGUAGGAUGGAAUGGAGGAUCCCUGAUGCCUGAUGAGGCAAAUCCAAAUUAUAAAUUAUAUACAAUCGACGCAAAAGUAUUCGAUGUAUUGGAUGCAGAAACUUGGACUUUCAAUCUUACGCUAGCUAAUGAGAUGAAGGAAAUUGAGUGGAAAAAACUGUAUUCGUUCAAAGAAGCCUAUGGAAUGGACGGUUUACUUCCUGCAAAUUUGGAUGAGUUAGUUAGGAAUAUGGCUUCAAAUGAUACAUUCAUAGAGUUGUACAACAAUUUUUACUACCGUGAUAGUGACUACGACCACACUUGUGAUGAAGCUUGCAAAAUGAGGCUGUUGUGUGAAAUGGUCACGACUGAACAGGGCAAGGAUGAAGUAUGUGAAGAAUUGAAGGAGAUCCGACAAAAUCUAUACACAUAACCACAUCCUUAUUGUAUAUUUUUGUGCAAUACUUGUAUGUUUGAAUGCAUUGAAAUUACAUAUAUUGAUAUUG